AUGAGUCUAUCAAAUUGCGUUUCCGUUGACGAAGAUGGUGGAUCUGUUGAAGUUAGUUUAAUUAAAAACGGCAUUCCUGAGUCCUCGAAGAUAUUUAAAUUCGACUCCGUUUACGGCCCUCUGUAUGUCUAUUAUGAUAUGGUUUUACGUGUUAGUUCAACACAAAGACAGUUGUACGAAAAGACGUUUUCUGUUAUUGUUCAGAGUGUUCUUCUUGGAUUUAAUGGCACUAUAUUUGCAUAUGGUCAGACUGGUACAGGGAAAACUUUCACAAUUCAGGGCAUUAAGGACGAUCCAGAACUGCGUGGAUUGAUACCAAACUCGUUUGAACACAUAUUCAACCAUAUUAAUAACUCCAAAACUACGCAGUACCUCGUCCGCGUCAGCUACCUUGAAAUAUACAAAGAAGAAGUUCGGGAUCUACUCAAGGAAAACCCAACAAAAUCUCUGGAAAUAAAAGAGAAGGCGGAUCGAGGUGUGUAUGUUAAAGAUCUCUCAACCGUAUUGACGAAGAAUAUUAAGGAGAUUGAAAAGGUCAUAAACAUCGGAUACAGCAAUCGAAGCGUUGGGUAUGACCGUUCUCUCUGUCACGCAUACCCUCUUAACCCUUCGUUUUUAUUCAAGUGCCACCAACAUGAACGAGUUGAGCUCGCGCUCGCACGCCAUAUUCAUUGUGACAAUCGAAAGCUGCGAGGUACGCGUGUUGUCAUCGCCUUCAAGCACGUCUUGCAGGUGGACGGUGAUGGCAAAAGCCACAUUCGCGUCGGAAAGCUUAACUUGGUGGACUUGGCUGGGAGCGAGCGCCAAAGCAAGACCCAAUCGGAGGGUGAACGCCUCAAGGAGGCCACCAAGAUUAACCUCAGUCUCUCCACCCUGGGGAAUGUUAUCUCUGCUUUGGUGGAUGAAACGUGCACCCACGUGCCUUACAGGGACUCAAAGUUGACGCGGUUGCUUCAAAAUUCCCUUGGGGGGAACUCGAAGACCGUCAUGGUCGCCAAUAUUGGACCUUCCUCCUACAACUACGACGAGACAAUAAACACACUGAGAUACGCCAGUCGAGCGAAGAAUAUCAAGAAUGUGCCGAAAAUAAAUGAAGAUCCCAAGGAUGCCCUGUUGAGGGAGUACAGAGGGGAAAUCGAGCGACUGAGGCAACUCCUUAGUUCUCGCAACAAAGUCCCAAUUGAGGUGCAAGAUGGGAAGAAGGACGCUGAAGUGGAAAACGACGCUGCAGAGGAUGACACCAGUGAGGACUUGGCAGCCGCCCGAAACGCCUAUCUGAAACAGCAGUUGGAAAAACUGGCCAUUGAAAAGGAACGAAUUCUCAACGACAAGAACAUGGUUGCCGAAGAGAAGACACGCCUUCUUGAAGACUUGAAGACCAAAGAUAUGCACCUCAAGGAAGAACAAGUUCAGACAGCCAAAAUGGAAGAGAAAUUGCGAAGCCUCGAGUCGAAAAUCCUCGGCGGUGACGGACGAAAAGCCAUCGAAGAGAAAACCCGCGAACAGGAGGCCGAAUUGGCCCACCAUCGACGCAAGUUGGCUGCCCACCAGAAGCACGAGCACAAAAUUCGGGCGCGUGUCGAGGCCGAGACGGACAAUGUGGCCAACCUACAGGAGGGGUUCUCCUCGCUGCGGCACGAAGUUGACGUCUACACGGCGAAACUGAAAAAAGUCUUUGAGCGCAUCCAAAACAUCAAGCAGGAGAUUCAGGAUGCCCAGAAUGACCACAUUCUGGAGAGGCAAGAUCACGAACGCAUGCAAGAACAAUUAACGCGGGAACUAAAGCUGCGUCAUUUGAUUAUUGAGAACUUUGUGCCCCCAGAAGAUCGAAAGAAGCUGGAGGAACGCGUCUUCUUCGACGAACAGUUAGGAUGCUGGCGGCUCCGUCCCGUGACAGACAACUCCGGUGACAAAACCGACCUCAAGGCAGUCCGAGGUGGCACUGAAAGGGGUGACGAAGAGGGCGAUGUCUUGAUCAACCACACGCCUUGUCUUCCACGUUCAGCCCUGGGUCAGCGUCGACCGGUCUGUCGCUAUGCCCGUCUGGCGGCGCGGCUGGGCACGAAUUGCAGAUUUCGCGGGGAGAACAUCCUUGAUCUCGACCUCGAUCUGCCCCACAGGACCACGAUGGACUACGAGCCCCCCAAACUGGCCCCCCAGAUUGUGGCUGCCCUCGAGGCCGCUUUGCAGGACGAGGAGGAUCUGGAAUUAGAUGGCAGUCCCUCCGUUUUCAAGAUCAAACCAACCAGCAAGAAGAGGAAGGAUAAAAGGUACGUUUGUUUCGAUUCCAAUCUCGCCCUGGUAGUUCAACGGUGUUGCAGUCUGAGGGCCAGUCACACAAUCUCUAAAAAUCAAUCAAAUGAGAUGUUUGAAGAGAAUCGUGUGUCAAAAAACCUUGUGCUGCAACCGAACAACCCGUUACAGUUUCUGGAAGUAGGACGAUGUCGUGAACUUGCUUCGUUGCGCACAUUUCUAGCGCAAACUGCCCGUCCAUAUUGGUCUCGUGUGAUCCAAGGGCAAUUCAUCUCACCAACUGCAAGAGUAAACAGCAAUUGGUUUAAGCAAACUGAGCCGCCAAUUUUGAUUGGUGUGUUUACGUUGGGCGAAGACAAAUGA